AUGAGUUUAUAUAACUUUAAAAAGAUAGCUGUGGUCCCCACAGCGAAGGACUUCAUUGAUAUUAUAUUAUCAAAAACACAAAGGAAAACACCAACAGUUGUCCACAAGCACUAUAAAAUAACCAGGAUACGUGCUUUUUAUAUGAGAAAAGUUAAAUUUACACAACAAAACUUCCACGACAGAUUAUCACGGAUUAUACAGGAGUUUCCGAAGUUGGAUGAUGUCCAUCCAUUCUAUGCUGAUCUGAUGAAUGUUCUAUAUGACAAAGAUCAUUACAAGUUGGGUCUCGGACAACUGAAUACAGCCAGACAUCUGAUUGAUAAUGUGGCCAAGGACUAUGUCCGUCUCCUCAAGUUCGGUGACUCCCUCUACCGAUGCAAACAACUCAAGCGAGCCGCCCUGGGUCGUAUGGCCACCAUCAUGAAACGACAGGCCGCUAAUCUUACAUACUUGGAACAAGUCCGUCAACACUUGGCUCGUCUUCCAUCAAUAGAUCCCUACACACGUACUAUCAUCAUAUGUGGUUUUCCCAACGUCGGAAAAUCUAGUUUCAUCAACAAGAUAACCCGAGCAGAUGUUGAAGUGCAGCCGUAUGCUUUCACAACAAAGAGUUUGUAUGUCGGACAUACAGAUUAUAAAUAUCUAAGAUGGCAGGUGAUUGACACCCCUGGUAUUCUUGAUCAUCCUCUUGAAGAGCGUAACGUGAUUGAAAUGCAAGCUGUGACAGCCCUGGCACAUCUGCGAGCUGCUAUAUUAUAUGUUGUAGACAUAUCAGAACAAUGUGGACACAGUCUGGAAGAACAGAUAUCUCUAUUUGAGAGUAUCAAACCUCUGUUCAGUAACAAGCCGUUGAUAGUUGUGUUGAACAAAAUGGAUGUCAUAAAACCUGAAGAAUUGGCUCCCAACAAGAAGAAACUCAUCGAAGACUUGGAGGCGAGAUGUGCUAAAGAUAAUGUGGUCAAUGCUGACACAAAUUCCGAGUUACGCACUGUACCUAUAAUGAGGAUGUCAACGAUGACCGAGGAAGGUGUUCAAGAGGUCAAGAUAGAGGCCUGUGAGAGACUUCUGGGACACAGAGUGACUGAGAAGAUGAGAACUAAGAAGGUGGAUGGUAUAUUAAAUCGUCUCCACGUGUCCAUACCGGCGCCUCGCGAUGGUCGAGCUCGACCACCGGUGUUACCUCCACAAGUGGUCGCUAAGAAACACAAACAACUACAGACAGAGACCAGGAAACGGAAAUUGGAAAGAGAAAUAGAAGUCGAGUUGGGAGAUGAUUAUGUGCUCGACCUCAAGAAGAAUUACACGGAUAUUCCAGAAGAAGAACGUUAUGAUCCUAUACCUGAGUUCUGGGAGGGACACAACAUAGCUGAUUAUAUUGAUCCGGAGAUAUUUGAAAAAUUGGCUCAGUUGGAGAAGGAAGAGGAGUUACGUGAACAGGGAGGCAUGUAUGAAGCUCCGAAGAUAGAGUACGACGAGACUAUGAGAGAGAUCAGACAACUGGCGGUACAGAUACGCAACAAGAAGGCGGUUCUGAAGGAUGAGUCUCGUCUGGUGAAACAAUCAACUAAACCCGUGAUGCCGAGGAACACGCGCGCCCGGGAGAAGACGCGCUCCACCAAGAGGCUGAGAGAUGAGAUGGAACAACUGGGUGUGGACAUGUCGGACACCAAGAGCGCCCACUUCACCCGCACCCGCUCCCGCUCCCGCUCCCGCUCGCUGUCCGCUCCGGCUGCGAAGAGAGUGAGGACCGACACCAGUGUGGCCACGACGCGCGACAAGCAGGGGGUCAAGGACCUGGCUAUGCAAAAGAAGGCGAAGAACAUGGCUCACGUCGCGAUUGCCAAGAAAACUAAGAAGAUGGGUCUUAAGGGUGAAGCUGACCGGUUCAUAGGAACAAAGAAACCUAAACACUUGUUCGCUGGCAAGAGAGGAGUGGGCAAGACGGACAGACGAUAA